CCUGGGUACCACAUCCUCCUCGAUAGCACCCAGCGACCCGCAGCGUCACCUCUGAUGCGUCUGCAUACAAGUCCAUGACCACCUCCACCUCUCCCACUCCACCAUCGUGGGCUCAGAGGAUCUUCCUCACCCUCUGUCUCCUCUCCCUCUCCCUCUCCCUCCUCUGCUUCAGGACCAUCACCUCCUACCUGCGCCACACCCGCAAGAGCAAUGUCAAGCGGCGGCGAGCCCUCCUCUCCCGCCUCGGCCUCGCCGUAGAGACACGUACCGAGAGAUACACCAUUAUUGGCUUCUUUCACCCUUACUGUAAUGCAGGCGGAGGUGGAGAGCGAGUGCUCUUCGAGGCAAUGAGGUACCACCUCGAGGAGCCUAAAACCAUCUGCAUCGUCUACACAGGCGACGUGACUGCCUCCCACUCUCUACAGACGUCGAGACCGAGGGCAGUAGGAGAGCGAACCUCUUCGAUUGCAGAUGGAGGCGGCGGGAUGGCUACGCAGGAGGAGAUCUUGCGGAAAGCAGCCGAUCGCUUUGCCAUCUCCCUAGAGGCCUACAAGGACCGAAUCGCCUUCCUGCCACUUUCCUCACGGCGACUCGUAUCGGACAGCUACUGGAGCAGAUUGACGCUUUUGGGUCAAAGUUUGGGCAGCGUGGUGCUAGCGAAAGAGGCCUGCGAGGAGUUGAUCCCGGACGUCUUCAUCGAUACGAUGGGCUAUGCGUUCACCUACCCAGUGAUGCGAGCCUUCAAUCGAACCGUGCCGAUCGGAGCCUAUGUGCACUACCCAACGAUUAGUACAGACAUGCUGCAGCGAGUCAAAAGUCGAAAGGCAGGUCACACAAAUGAUGCAGCAGUAGCACGGAGCGCUUUGCGGAGUCAAGUGAAGCUGUGGUACUAUCAGUGCUUUGCGUGGCUCUACAGCUGGGCUCUAAAGCGUUCCGACGUGAUAGUAGCCAACGGGACAUGGACGAGGGACCAUAUCAAUCGUCUGAUCCUCAACAGGGGACAGCUGAAAGACGUGCAGUCGGCAGCGGCCUCUUCUUCCCCCUCGACUUCGCGGCGUGUUGAUCGACAGGCCUCCAUCGUCUAUCCACCUUGCGACACCUCUUCCCUGCAAGACUUCCCGCUGCAAGGUCGUGGAAAUACCAUUGUCAGUCUGGCCCAGUUCAGACCAGAGAAGGAGCACCGUACCCAGCUUCUCAUCCUCCGCGGUCUUCUUGAUCGCUACCCUCAAUACGCCAAGGCAGAAGAACACCCAGUGAAGUUGAUCAUGAUGGGCAGUUGUCGCAACACAGGAGACGAGGAGCGCAUCGCCUCGCUCCGCUCCCUCAGCUCCGAGCUACAUCUCGAUCCCUACGUCGACUUCAUCAUAAACGCUCCCUACCCACGCAUCCUCUCCGAGCUAAGCACCGCCUCCAUCGGACUGAGUACAAUGGUCGACGAACACUUUGGGAUCAACGUUGUUGAAUUUCUUGCAGCGGGACUACUCACACUCUCCCAUGCUUCCGCUGGUCCACUACUGGAUAUCGCCGUGCCUGAUGAGGAGGGGUUGCGUACAGGGUUCCACGCCAAGGACUCGGAGGGAUUCGUAGAGAGGCUGGCGGAGAUGUUGCAGAUGAGGGAGGAGGAGAGGGUAGAGGUGAGGAGAAGGGCGAGACUAAGGGCGCUGAGAACGUUUAGUGCCGAGGCGUUCAGAGGAGCCUGGGAGCGAGAGCUUUGGCUGAGAUUGCAACAGAAGAUUCCCGUAGCACCAGGUGCGAACAGUGUCAAGAAGCGCAAUUGAUCAGACCAGAAAAUAGUCUAGUAAAUGCU